AAAUGGCAGAAAGAAUUGUAUUUAAUAAUUAGGCUGCUCAACAUAUCUAAGCUUACAUUGAUUAUUGCAAUGUAGUUGGAGAUAAUGGAGGUCCCUUAUUAAGCGAGAAGGAGUAUGAGGCUUUAAAAAAGAAAUAAUAAGAAGUUUAGUAAUAAAAAUAUUUAGAACAUAAAAAACCGUGUUUAUGCUACAUGGAAGAAUAGUAAAGGAAUGGAAUGUAAAUAGAUUGGCCCAGCUAGUAUGUGUUUUUGUGGACAUAGAUUUAAAGAACAUGAAUAUAUGAUGCCAAAGAAUAAAAAAGUACAGUUAUUUUAAAAUAUCAGGUUGUUUGCAAAAACAAGCAAUGUAGUUGUCCCUAAUUUAAUUAUAUCCCAAUUUUUGGAUCAUAAGAUCUAAAAUGUGUUUGUCAUCAUUCUUAUACAGAACAUGAUCCAAUCACAAAAAAGUGUACAAAAGGAUAAUGUGGGUGUAACACUCGGUUUUAGAGUAGUUGGUUAUGUACUUGUGGUUAAAAAUAUAAUGAUCAUGUGACCAUAAUUGAAACAAGAGAUGAGAGACUCGCUUAAGGAAAACCUGUUGAUGAUAUAAGGCCAGAUGGUUCAGCAAUUCCAUAUAUGCCUGGUGGAGUUGCUAGUUUUUAAGCUUUAGUUGAUGGAGCUGAUGGUUAUUAGGCAUAUAUAGAUGAAUUGGGAGGGCAAAAAUUAGCUCUUGGAUAUCAAUAGUAAAAGGCUAUUGAAAAUGAUCCAAAGAAACAAAAAUUACAAAAUUUGAAUAAGAAGUUUGCUCCUUAAUAAUAAUAAUAGCAAUAAUAAUAGGAUCAAUUAGACUAAUUUGUUAAUGAAAAUAGUGCCAAUUAAGUAGUUUCAAAAGACAGUCUGUUACAUUUGUUCAACACACCUCAUAUUUAUGGAAGGGCUCAAAUUGGAUAUAAAAAAUAUUGAUGUCUAGAUAUUAUUCAUCUGUAAUGAAGAAUUAAAGAUUAGGU